AUGAAUUCAGAUACCGGGUCUUUGAAGCGAAAAGCUGUGGACGAUGCCGCUCCUCAAAACAUUCAGGCCCCUAGAAGAAUCAAGGCACUUGACCAAGUAGUCAUAAACAAAAUUGCAGCUGGUGAAAUCAUUGUUGCGCCUGUUCAUGCACUCAAGGAGUUGAUUGAGAAUGCUGUGGAUGCCGGUAGCACAUCACUGGAAAUUGUAGUGAAGGAGGGCGGUCUCAAGCUCUUACAGAUCACUGAUAACGGUCAUGGGAUCAACCUCGAGGAUAUGCCUAUUCUGUGCGAACGUUUCACUACGAGUAAACUGAAAUCAUUCGAGGAUCUUAAUGCAAUUGGGACCUACGGAUUCAGAGGGGAAGCCCUAGCAAGUAUUAGCCAUAUAGCCCAUUUGACUAUCACAACUAAAACGAAUGAUUCGAGUUGUGCCUAUAGAGCUGUAUAUUCAGAUGGUAAACUCGUUCCACCAAAACCUGGUCAGAGUGCAGACCCAAAACCAGUAGCAGGGAGACAGGGGACGCAGAUUACUGUUGAAGAUUUAUUCUAUAAUACCCCCUCCAGACGCCGUGCAUUCCGAAGCCCGGGCGAAGAGUACUCAAAGAUUCUAGACGUUGUUGGGCGGUAUGCAGUGCAUUGUUCGGGGGUGGCGUUCUCAUGCAAGAAGUUUGGAGAUGCAGAUAGUGGUGUCUCCACAACUGCGACUGCCUCUGUAAUUGAUCGAAUCCGUCGCAUUCAUGGUUCCAGCGUCGCCAAUGAACUCCUUGAGUUCACCACUUCUUCAAAGCACCUUGGUUUUGAGGCAACGGGUAUGAUAUCCAAUGCCAACUACCAUGUCAAGAAGACCACAUUACUCCUGUUCAUCAACCAUCGUUCGGUCGAAUCCUCCGCGAUCAAAAAGGGACUCGAAAAUGUCUAUGCAACAUAUCUCCCCAAGGGCGGACACCCAUUCAUAUAUCUAUCACUCGAGAUAGAACCUCAUCGUGUUGACGUCAAUAUCCAUCCUACAAAACGCGAAGUUAACUUCCUCCACGAAGAUGAGAUUGUCGCAAAAAUUGUGGAAACAGUUGAGGAAAAGCUGGCCGCAGUAGAUACGUCUCGUUCGUACACUCUUACGCAGACACUCCUUCCAGGCACGAAACCUAUCCAAAGUAGUAGUAUCGAUGAUACCGCAAGGGAAAUAAGAGCGAACGAUACCAAAGCAAAACGCAAGAAGGAAUACGAGUACAAUAUGGUCCGUACUGAUAACCGCGAUCGCAAGAUAACCACUAUGUUCGACAAUCCCCCCAUAAAUAAAUCUGCAGGCGACUCAGUAGAAUACGAGACCAACCAUGAUUCGACGUGGACAUUGAUAAAUUACACCACCAUUCACUCUUUACGCGCCUCCGUACGUGACAGCGCUCAUACAGAACUCUGUGAGCUGUUCCAGAACCACACGUUUGUGGGCAUAAUAGAUGACAACCGACGUCUCGCAGCUGUGCAACACGGGCUUCGCCUAUACCUUGUCGACUAUGCCGCUGUAUCGUACGAGCUGUUUUACCAGAUUGGCCUGAGCGACUUUGCAAACUUUGGGCGGAUAGUUUUAGAUCCACCGAUGGGUGUACGAGAUAUUCUCGAGAUUGCGGUGGAGGAGGAGAAGGCUAAGGGGGAAGAGGGUGAUUUCGACUGGGAAUCUGCGAUAACUACAAUCGAGCAACUGCUCCUUUCGAAACGUCCCAUGCUCAAAGAUUACCUCAGUCUCGAAAUUUCCGAGGAUGGUAACCUUGUCAGUAUCCCACUCUUACUGAAAGGGUAUAUGCCCAGUCUUGGAAAGCUUCCCUCCUUUAUUCUACGCCUAGGGCCAAACAUCGACUGGACAUCAGAGCUGGAAUGCUUUGAUACUCUUCUGCGUGAACUGGCAUUGUUCUACGUUCCCGAGAAACUACCGAGCGUGAGUGGUGAUGCUGACGAUGGAAAUGACGUUGUGGCGGCGGCGGGUAAUUGGGAUGUCGACGCGCGUAGAAAAGAGCUGGGGCGCGUGGUGGAAACAGCCAUAUUCCCGGUUGUCAGGAAACGAUUGAUAGCGCCAAAAACACUCCUGGGGGCCGUUACCGAGGUCGCCAAUCUGAAGGGGCUGUACCGCAUUUUUGAAAGAUCCUGCUAG